AUGACGACGCUCAAGGACGGUCGCUUCAUGUUCAUCCAUGCGGAUCGUCACAACUUACUCCUGGAGCAAUCCGUGAAGGCGGCGGCUGUCUCUCCCUCAUCGACCACGGCCACGACAGCGGCUGCUAAAGAAGGGGCUGCAGCGGCACUUUCACUUGCCUCUUCCACCUUUCAGCUUCUGUACGGCGGAGUUGUGCACGCCUUCGCGUUGAACGCCGCACAGUCCCACAUUGCGCUGGUGUGCCCAACUGGCAGUGCGGCAGCCACAUCCGCGGCAGCCGGCCAUCUUCGCGGCGACGGUCCAAGCACGGUGCUGCGGCUCUUCUCCUUUUCAUGUGGCGAAGUGGGUGAGCUGAUUGGCGAGCUUGUGACCGCCGAGGCGUGCGACGUGGUGUGGGUGGGAAGUCGGCAUCUGGCGCUGGAAGUACGCCGAUUCAGUAGAGGUGUCGAUGGCGAGGUAGCCGUUCCUUCCCUAUCCACUUCUCCUUUGUCGGCGCCUGUGGCGUCUACCAUCUUGAUUGAAAUCACCAAGGCCCCGGAGAAGCUGAGGUGGGUGCGGCAGGAUGAGGCAGCGGCAUCACCGGUGUCUGCCCCGGGGUCCGUUCUGUGUGACAUCCAUGUCGGUAAACAGAGCCUUCGCUUCUGGGACUUGCAGAAGGGAAAGGUGAUGCAGGAGUGCGGCUUGCCGAACCGCCGCUGCCGCCACGGUAAGACCCGCAUGGCGACUGCAACGUGCAGCGACGGUUCGUUUGUGUUCGUGGUGAAUGAUGACUGGACGGUGCACGGCUUUCACGUCGGCAAGCGCACUGUGCGAGAGCUGAAGCCGAUGCUGUCUCAGUUUGAGUCGCAAUCGGUUAACCUCGUCAACAACCGUGGCGGGAGCGCAAAGUUGAGCGAGGAGAACAAUGAUGGCCAUGGGGUGACGGGGGCAGGAAAAGAGGCGGAGUCUUCAAUGCCACGCCCGCCUUCAAAAAUUUCAACACCCCCCCACAAACUCGCGCGUCCGCGCCUCUUUGCCCGUGCAAUCAGCGACACCCAGGUGCUCCUCGCCCUCCAGGGCUCCUCUACUAUUUUGCAGUGUGCCUGCGAGUCGAAAACUAGCCGCAGUGACGAAUGGACUGUGGUCGCUAAGAUGCGUUUGCCGCGGAGACUGCAGGCGACAUGCGAAGUGGUCGGCCUCUCCACUCGAGGGUGUCUCGUCCGUCAGUUUGAGCUGACAGAGGGCAGUGUACAGACGUCGACAGCGGCCGCUCCUUCAGGCGCACAGACGGGGACGUCUGUAAAUGGCCAAAAUACUGUCGCGUACUUUGUGGUGCCACUGGAAAUGAAGGCGACCGGCAAGGCCUCGGUGGCAGUGGCUGUCACCUGUGGCAAUGCAGGCACCACGGAAAGCAGUGCCGCGGCGCCAAAGGCGGACACUGUAGGCGAGGAGAGCGAGAGGACGUCGGUGGCACCGUCUGUGCCCUCAGAGACGUCGCGGGCGGAGGGAAAGCGGAAGCGCAAAAAGAAGUCCAUCGCCGUCGCAGCGAACAGCGACGCACCGGCGUCCGCAACGUCUCCGGAGGCCCCAUCCUCAAGCGCCAGUGACACAGGCAAUGCGCAGUCCGGCAGUAGCGGCCGCUGCAACGCAGAACGCCCCUUGCAGCGUGCUGUUCUACGGCUGCUUGUGCAUGCUGGCAUCAGCGGCAAGGACCAGUUCAUUGGUGCCUUUGCAAAAGACACUGCCACCGAUGGUGUUGACACUGCAGGAGCAGCUGCCGCUGCUCCUGCGGCAUGCGGACAUGAAUGGCACUCUACUGAUACGUUCGUGACCGCGGGAGGUGUGGUGAUAGGUGUUGUGUUGGGCCUACUGGUAAUGCGUCACUUCGCACUCCUGUAG